AUGAGGAAAGUGAAGUUAAAUUAAAGUCUCUUUAAUUACCAUCAAUUAAAUAAAAUCAUAAAGUAAUUGGGGCUACUGAACUUGAAUAAAUUAGAUCUCAUAUAAAUAUUAGUGAAGGUUGAAACUGACUAACAAGAUAUUUAGUCAAAGGGGAUAAUUAUUCAAACAACGAUUUUUAGUGUACGCAUUAUGAAGUCAAAAAUGCUUAUGAGUGAAAAUGAGAUGAAAGAUUAAAGAAUGAUGGUUUGAAAAGAUAAUUAGAGGAGUAAGCAUAAUUAGAGAAGACUCAAUAAAAAGAUUAAUUAAAAAGAGAAACUUAUAUUGUCUUAGCAAAAUAACAUAAUGAGAUGAUAGAGAAAUACUUUAAGUAAUUUACAAAAUUGUAAGAAGUAGGAUAAUUAAUUAAUAAAAAGAUAAUAAGUAAAAGAGAAAGAAUAAGAAAAAGAGUAUCUAUGAAUAAGUUGAAGAAAUAAAAACUAUUAGCAGAAAGAAAGAAAUUUAUGAAUGUCAAAUAAUCAAUAUAGGAUGAUGAAUUAAAAUUAUUAAAAAAGAGGAUAAGGAUAGAGAUCAUUUUGAAAAUAAAAAGGAAAGAGUUCUAGAAAUGAGAAAAUAAAGGGUAAAUCUAAUUUAAUUUAUUAGAAAGCUUAAAAAUUAGAACAUUAAAUGUAACUUAAAUAAAAGAUAUAUGAUAUGAGAGUUGUUUAAUUGAAAGAAUAAGAAGAUAAUUAUAUGUAAAGAGUUAAAAGCAUGCAGAAGAAUUAUAAAGACAUGAGGAAGAAGUAGCAAGACAAAAAGAGUAGGAGUAGAUAUAAAUGAUAAAAAAAGGAAAUACCUUUAGAUUAAGAUAAUUGAAACUUUAGGAAGCCUUCAAAGAGAAAGAAAAAGUUGAUGCAAUAAAAGAAUAGGUACUAAAAAUAAAUGCAUUACAAUAAUAUCUGUAUGAGAAGAAUAAUAAAAAGAAAUUCUUAGGAAACGUAAUAAAGAAUUAUAGGAUUAUUAUUAAAAAUAUAAAUAACAUUAUGAUUAUUAAAUUAAGGAAAAAAACAAAAUUAGCUAGAAGAGAUUAGUAUAUGAAUGAACAUAAAGAAUCAAAAUAAAUAGAAUUAAGAGCUUAAUAAGAUAGAGAUAUAUCUUUAUGA